UAGGUUGAAGGAUAGUAGAUUUAUGUUGUUUCCAUUAGAAAUGAUUUAGAGGUGUGGGGGUUUUUGACCAUAGCCAAUGGAGGUCGAGGUCCGCCCAAGAACAGCGACUGAUUCAGCACAGAUUUUUUCACAGCUUUCUCUUUCCGCCUAUGGCCGUAUGGGCUUUUGCCUUCAUCAUCGAAGGGGAUAAGGAACGUUAUGGCUUCUUCUUGACUCCAUUCGGACACCUCUCCUUCUGCCUCCUAAUUCUCUCUCUUCUUUCUCGUGUAAUAAAUAUAUGGCAUUGGCGCCUUUCAUUCACGCGCGCUGUUGCUGCUUCAACCCCUUUUUUGGCACUCAAAGAACCAAUUCUUCUCAUGGACCUGUAGGGACGUCGUCGAUUUCUUCUUCCUCUUCCUCUUCCGCCGCCUCCUCCUCCUCCUCCUCCUCCUCCUCCACCACUCCCUUCUCUGACUCGAAUCACAAUUGGAGAUUACCUGACCUUGGAUCUCAAGCCAUGAGUACUUUAACCCAGGGAACAUUGUCAUCAUCAAGUAGCAUAGGGAAUGUGAAAAACAAGCCUGAUCAUCUUCUUGUUCUUGUUCAUGGCAUCAUGGCUAGCCCAAGUGAUUGGAAUUACUUUGAAGCAGAAUUAAAAAGGCGUCUUGGAAGGAACUUUUUAAUAUAUGCAAGUUCGUCAAAUACUUUUACUAAAACUUUCAGUGGAAUUGAUGGGGCGGGCAAACGAUUAGCUGAUGAGGUCUUGCAAGUGGUACAACAAACAGAGAGCUUAAAAAGGAUUUCUUUUUUGGCUCAUUCACUUGGUGGUUUGUUUGCGAGAUAUGCUAUUGCUGUACUCUACAAUAACUCAGAUUCAUUGUCUAGUAGCAUACCAAACGAUCCUCGCAGUUCUUCAAAAAAAGGUGUGGUUGCAGGACUAGAGCCAAUCAGUUUCAUCACCUUGGCAACUCCUCAUUUGGGAGUGAGAGGUAAAAAGCAGCUUCCUUUUCUUCUGGGAGUUCCCUUCCUAGAGAAAUUGGCUCCACCAAUAGCACCUAUUGUCGUGGGCCGUACGGGUAGUCAGCUAUUCCUUACCGAUGGAAAACCUGAUAAACCACCUCUUCUAUUAAGAAUGGCAUCCGCUAGUGAAAAAGAGAAAUUCAUAUCUGCGCUUGGUGCUUUUCGAUCCCGCGUUCUUUAUGCCAAUGUAGCUUAUGAUCAUAUGGUUGGUUGGCGCACUUCAUCUAUAAGGAGAGAAAACGAACUUAUCAAGCCCCCUCGCCGAUCAUUGGUUGGUUACAAGCAUGUUGUAGACGUAGAAUACUGUCCUCCUGUUUCCUCCGCUGGUCCCCAUUUCCCCCCUGAAGCAGCUCAAGCAAAGGAGGCAGCCCAAAAAUCACCAACCACACACAACACGGUGGAUUAUCAUGAAAUCAUGGAAGAGGAGAUGAUUCGUGGCUUGCAGCAGUUGGGAUGGAUAAAAGUUGAUGUCAGCUUUCAUUCCUCAUUCUGGCCAUUCUUUGCACAUAACAACAUCCACGUGAAAAACGAAUGGCUUUACAAUGCUGGUGCUGGCGUGGUGGCUCAUGUUGCAGACACCCUCAAGCAACAAGAACCGUCUUCAGUUGCCCCGGUGGCUAGCUUAUAGCAGUAAGCCUUAUCUCUGUGCAGUAGAAUUUAACCACGCUGAAGAAUCAGCAGAGAAUAUCACAGAUUAUUUGUGUUGUCAUAGUUAAGUAUAUUAUAGAUUGGAUGUAAGCUUGUCACAUGUAAAAAGCUUAAUCAAGGAGAAACUAAGGCUAAUUAAUUCUACAUUUACUACAAUAAUUAUGCUGAAUAAAAAGCGACAUUGAUCAACCAA